AAAAAACCUUCAGUUUAAAAUAUCUUUGGCUCAGAACGCGGUAUCUUGGAUUUUUAUAUUUUAAUUGUUCACUGUAUAUUGGUGGUGGUGAGGUGUUGGUUUGCAAUUUGUGAGCAACACAGCUUCAUCUGCAGUGUGAACAGCAAUGACUGCGCCAGCAAUACAACAGCCGAGUUAUCUUCUGGCAAAUUUAAAAGCUGACUGGACCAUCAAACCACUUCUUCAGCGAUGUCAGGAGUUGGUAAAGGUGAUCGAUGACUAUCCUGCUAAGGAGUUGCAUCUUGUCUUCCCUUGGCUGGUUGAGAGUAUCUUUGGCAGCCUAGAUGGGGCAAUUGUGGGCUGGAACCUGCAAUUUAUGCACACCCGCAUGAAUGAGUAUAAUGUCGUCAUGGACUUCCUUGACCCAAGUGGCCCCAUGAUGAAGUUGGUGUACAAGUUGCAAGCAGAGGAUUACAAAUAUGAUAUCCCGAUUAGUUAUCUGCCAGGUCCUGUAAAGGCAUCCAUUCAGGAGGGUGUUCUUCCAGAUUGUCUCCUGUUUCACAACAAAGUUCAUUUUCCCAUGUCAGGCCUGCUAACACUAAAUCCAUUUGAAUACUACAUGUUUAACUUUGCCUCCAGCCUCAUAGCACCAAAGAACUACCCUCCUGGCCAGCAAGGAAGCUGUUCAGAUAGUGCUUACUUUGUUCUUGUUGAUGCCUACCUCAAGCACUUUCUACCUACAGAGGGAAAUGUGCCCCCAUCUCCUUUUUCUGAUACAAGGGGAACUGUGGCCCCACCUGCACCAAGGCCCCCCAGUGUGCCUUAUGUUGGCUAUGGUGUACACAGCACCAGCCUCCUCAAGCGUCAUAUAUCUCAUCAGCCUUCAGUAAAUGCUGACCCUGCUGCUCAGGAGAUCUGGAGGUCAGAAACGCUUUUGCAGGUGUUUGUAGAAAUGUGGCUCCAUCACUACUCUCUGGAGAUGUACCAGAAGCUGCAGUCUCCUCAGGUGAAGCUGGCGUUGCUGCAGUACCGCCUCAGUAUGUCCAGCAUGCUGUGCCAGCCCCCCGCCCCGCCAGGCUCUGGGACCCUCCACACAUACCAAGAGCCAUUCAGCCCCACAGAGGAGCACAUCCUGGUGGUCCGUCUGCUCGUCAAACACCUGCAUGCCUUCUCCAACAGCCUGAAACAGGAGCAGACAUCCUCUCCGUCCACGCACUCCCACGCCAGCCCAUUGGAGGAGUUCAAGAGAGUGGUAGUGCAGAGAUUUGUUCAGCAGAAGCUGUAUGUCUUCCUGCAGCAUUGCUUUGGUCACUGGCCUCUUGAUGCCUCCUUCAGAGCGGUAUUGGAAACAUGGCUGAGUUAUAUCCAGCCAUGGAGGUACACAGGAGAAAAAAAUCCCCAGGCAGAUGUACAGAAUAGAACUGUCCCUGAGAAAUGGGCGUCAUUUGUUCAGGAAAAUCUGCUCAUGUACACAAAGCUCUUCCAGGGUUUCCUCAAUCGAGCCAUGCGCACAGAUCUCGUCAAUGCCAAAAAUGCACUGAUGGUCUUCAGGGUGGCCAAAGUUUUUGCUCAGCCAAACCUAUCAGAGAUGAUCCAGAAAGGAGAACAGCUGUUCCUGGAACCUGAACAUGUGCUCCACCACCGUCAGGCCCGGGUGUUCCUCACACCUGCACAUGGAGGCAGCUUUCUGUCGUCCCGCCAGCCUGCAGGGACAGACACUGUAUUCAAAGUCAAAAGUCAUGUAUAUAGCCUGGAAGGGCAGGAUUGCCAGUAUAAGCAGAUGUUUGGCAGUGAGCUGCGCACAGUGGUGUUAAAGCUGGUACAGAUCAUAGCCCAGGCCCGGCAGACAGCUAAACGAAUUUCUGAUCACUCGGCUGAAGUGGCUGCAAACAACUCCUUUCUAUCCUGGUUUAGCAUGAGCUCCACAGAUACCAGUUACACUUUUAGCGGAGGAGAGGCUGAUGACAUGGGAGAGUGUGUCAAAAAGACUCAUGAAUUCUUGGACAAAGCCCUGGACUACUUAUGUCAGAUAUUUCGGCUGAAUUCAGGGCAGCUGUCUCAGCUAAUGGCAAACUUGGCAUCAACAGAAGAUGAUGGGGGAUCCAAGCAGCUGCCUGAUUGCAUCCAGACUGAAAAUGGAUUUGUGCUCACAGAUUUGGGUAGGAUGCAGAUCAUUAAUGGUCUUCGUCGAUUUGAGGUAGAAUAUCAAGGAGAUCCAGAACUUCAGCCAAUAAGAAGCUAUGAAAACGCUCAGUUGGUCCGACUACUGUUCCGGGUGUCCUCAUUUUUCAAUGAUAGGCUGGGUGACCACAUGGAGGCGCUGUGCGCUCGGCAGGACUUUCUGGGCUGUGUCGGCAGACAUUGCCUUAAGGGUUCGUCAGCGGCGCAGGAGCGACGACGGAGCCCUGUGCCGCGGCAGGCGCGAGGAUGUCCCCAGCGGGCGCGGGUUACCCUGCGUGCAUUGGCCAGCUACCGCACGCUGCUUACGCUGCUGCUGCUCUACCUGCUCCUGGCCUCGCUCUCGUUCGGCAUACUUUCCAGCAGCGCCCUCAUACUGCUCCUUGGUCUUCUCUAUGAACUACUGUUGAUUUUGUUUGCUGAUAAACCCAAAGCUCAGUAAUCGCCCAGUGUUUUUUGGGUUUUUUUUUUUUCUUCUGGUUUUGUACAUAGGGGAGAGAUCUGUCGAGUAUGCGAUUCCUGAUCUGUUUUGAAAUGUUCUCAGUGAUAGGUGACGGAAUUAAUAUUUAUGUGGAGUUUCGAUUUAAGAAGCCUUUAAAUGUAAUGGGAGGAAAUUUCAAUUGUUUCAUUAUUCUUAUUUUGAGGUUUUACUUAUAAUUAAGUCCAGAUGUUCUUGUCUCCUGAGAACACUAAAUUGUACUGUUUAUGUACAUUACUGUUGUUGACCAAGUCUUUGCGCUUCUUUCAAAAUUUCACUAUAAAUUGCCUACGCAUA